AUGAACGCGUUCAAAGUAUGGGUGAGAUGGCGGCCCCUCGAGUCAAUUGAAUCCCCCAAAGGAGAUAUUAUACGCGGGACCGACGAGGAUCACAAUAAUCAACGCUUCCGGAUCUCGGUCGCCUCAUCCACCCAAACCCAAGCGAUGUCAAGCCGUGAGCGGCCCUGGAAAAGUGGCUUCUCGUUCAACGGGGUCAUCGAACCUAAUGAAAGCAACCACGUGGUAUACAAUCGCAUUGUUGCACCAAUCAUCCCUGAGGUGCUGCAGGGCCGGUGCUGCAAUUCCUUCGCAUAUGGGCAUUCAGGCAGCGGGAAAACGCAUACCAUGAUCGGUUACGACUUUGAAAACGACGACGAAUUUGGUCUUUGCUUAGCAGCUGCGCGUCAGCUGGCCACUGCGCUCGAUGAGAUCAACGCGGGUGACAGCGCCUACAAAUUUGGCAUUGGCCUCCGAGUGUACGAAUUGCGAAAAAACAGCGCUUUUGACCUGCUCAAUAACCGAAAUGAAUGCUUUGUCCGCGAGGGCUCCGAUCGACGCGUUUACAUCCGAGGAGAGACAGAAAUUCUAGAGAAUGGGAAAGUGAGGGUUCGGCCAAUUGCAACCAGGGCAUGCUGGAGCUUCCAACAGCUACAACGUGAACUACAGGAAGGCCUGAAGCACCGCAAGACCGCAACAUCGACUGUACACGACCAGAGCUCGCGCACGCAUGCUAUUAUUGAAAUGGAAAUUAUUACCACAGAUCUUCUUAAUGCGCGUGACGACGUGGUUGAGCGGCAAUCGGAGCUUGUUCCUGUCGGGAAAUACGCAACGGACGUUUAUAUCGAGGAACAGCUUCGCGCAAUUAUUCAGACGGAAGAUGGGAAAUACACACCAAACCCUAACUAUAACGUGAACCAAAAGCGCGUCGAUGCUGCGGAGAACAAAAAAGCCGAGUUUGAAUCUCGUGUGAAAGAGGCAGAAGAGCACGAGUCUGAAGUUUUCGCCAUCACCGCUCGUGCACAUCAAUGUGUCGGCGGAAGAUUUGUUUUCGUGGACUUGGCCGGCGCCGAAUUCCUUUCUGGUACAGCUGGAACUGGGAUCAAACAAUCCGCCCAGGAGAAACAACAAGGAAGGCAGAUUAACACGGACCUUCUCGCAUUGAAGGAAGUUAUACGAGCCAGAUCACUUGCUCAAACCCGUAUCCCGUACCGGUCCUCUCCAUUGACUAUGGUGCUGCGUCAGCACUUCGAAGCCUCAAACGAUGCUCAAUCGUCAAUCAUUCUGACUGUCUCGCCAGGGGCAGAUCAAUAUGUAGCAACAUUGAACACCUUGAAGUAUGGAGACCUUGUCGGCUUGGCAAAUAAACAUAAGGGAUAA